CUGGAGGAGGAUGUCAAUGAAUUGAUCAAAGAGAGCUGGCUAGAACAGAGCAAGGGAGACUCAAAAUUGGCUCUUGAGAAAGCCAUAGAGGCAGUGAGGAAUGAGCAAGCAUUGGUGAAAAAGUCUGGAAAGGAGUACAGAAUCAAUGUCGAUCUCAACUUCAAUGCUUUGUUUAACCUUGCACACCAGUUUGAGAACAACAAGAUGUACGCAGAGGCCCUGAACACCUAUCGGGUUAUGGUAAAGAACAGGCACUGCAAUAAUACUGGCCUACUGAGACUCAGCAAGGCUAACAUCUAUGUCAAUCAAAAGAACUACCCCAAAGCCAUCAAGCUCUACUGCAAGGAACUGGAUCGGACCCCAGGCUGUCACAAGGAGAAAAGGAUGAAGAUCAAGCAGAAUAUUGGCGUGGUCUUUGUUCACAUGCGCCAGUACCGUGAUGCCAUCGGCUGUUUUGAAGAGGUCAUGAGAGAGUGCCCUAACGUCACGGUGGGCUACAACCUCGUCCUGUGCUACUACGCCAUUGGUGACAAGAAGAUGAUGAGGAAUGGGUUUGAGAUGCUACUUUCGGCCCCUCUGGGCACUGAUGAUGAGGCCGAGCAAUCCCUGUCUGAGGGUGACAACUGUCCAAACGCGACAAUCAGGUCCAUGAACGACGAGCUUCACCAGACGAAGGAGACACAAGAAAAACAGGCAGAAAAGUACAUUAUGACCGUUGCCAAGCUCAUCGCUCCGGCUAUGGAGACUUCUGCUGCAACUGGACUUGACUGGUGCAUGACUAAGGUGAAGGACUCUCAGCAUUCUGAGCUCGCCAGUGACCUGGAGUUUGCCAAAGCCCUCGCCCAACUCAAACAGAAGGAUUUCAAAUCAGCAUUUGAAAUCCUGAAUACAUUUCAUUUGAAGGACAACAGAAUGAGGGGCACAACAGCCAACAACCUCUCUUUUCGUCACUUCCUGGACAAGAACUAUGACAAGGCAGAGGAAUACGCUCAUCUCGCCUUAAAGGCUGAUCCCCACAACCCGGCAGCACUCAUCAACAAGGGCAAUGCAGUGUUUGGCAAACAGGACUAUGAGAGGGCUGUGGAGUGCUACAAAGAGGCCCUGUGGAAUAAUUCCACCUGCACAGAGGCCCUGUACAACCUUGGUCUGUGCUAUAAGAAGCUGACUUGUCCGGAGGAGGCUCUGCACUGCUUCCUGGAUCUCCACUCCUAUCUGAGGAACGACAACCAAGUCAUUUAUCAGCUGGUCAAACUAUAUGAGCUUCUGGGGGAUCACGACCAGGCGAUAGAAUGGUUGAUGCACAUCAUCAGUUCAACUCCCACCGACCCAGGUGCACUUGCCAAGCUAGGGCAGCUGCAUGAUGCAACAGGAGAUAAGUUGCAGGCUUACCAGUACUACUACGAGUCCUUUAAGCUCUACCCUUGCAGAGUGGAAAUGAUUGAGAGGCUUGCGAAGUAUUACAUACAGACUCAGUCCUGUGGGAAGGCCAUCGAAUCCUUUGAGAGAGCUGCAGUCCUGCAACCGAAGCUGGUGAAAGGGCGGCUCUUGGUGGCAGCCUGCUACAGGAGAAAUGGAGAAUACCAGACAGCUUUGGAAAAAUACAAACACAUCCACUGCCUGUUUCCAGAGGAUAUAGAAUGUUUGCGUUUCUUGGUGAAUCUGUGCAUGGAUAUGGGACUAGAGGAAGUCAACAACUACAAGGGCAAGUUGGAGAGGGCAAUGAGGAUCAGUGAACAGAGGCUGAAUUCCGAACGAAGGCUCAGUGUCCAUGGCUGGAGAGAAAGCACAGAGGGCAGCGUUGCCAGUGCUGAUGCGUUCUAUGUGGAUCCGCUGGGGCCUCAGAUGGCGAGACCAAUGACAGGAGGGAACAUGCUCAAGAAUGUUGCUGGCCUCAAUGCUGAAGUGGUGGGAGGAUACCUCGUGCCAGAAUCAUAA